GUUUGUAUGCGGAUACAUUAGUCUGAGUGCACUUUGACCUGCUAGCCUAGCCUGCUGCUUAGCUUAGCUUGUUAGCUGCUAACAAAGAGAGGCGGAAGUGAUCGACACAUCAAAGCAGAGAUCCAAUACGUCUGUGAAGAACAUCUUCUCCCUGAGCAGCAGAAGUGGAGCUUCAGGAUGGAGCCACAGCCCUCCCACAUUAAGAAGGAAGAGGAACACCCACUGAUCCCCCAUUUUAAAGAGGAAGAGCAUGACCCACUGACCACUCACAUCAAAGAGGAAGAGGAGGACACACUGAUCCCCCAUUUUAAAAAGGAAGAGGAGUACCCACUGACACCCCAUUUUAAAAAGGAAGAGGAGUACCCACUGACACCUCAUUUUAAAGAGGAACCAGUGGAUCCACUGAGCCCUCACAUUAAGGAGGAGGAGGAGGAUCCACUGAGCCCUCACAUUAAGGAGGAAGAGGAGGACCCACUGAGCCCUCACAUUAAAGAGGAAGAGGAGGAACACAGCAUCAGUCAGCAGGGAGAGCAUCUUGAAGGACUGGAGGAGGUUGAUGUCAGCAAGAUGCCAGUGACUGGUGUCCCUGUGAAGAGUGAAGAUGAUGAGGUCAAAGGUGAGAGUGAGGAGAAGAGAGAGGCGGAGCCUCCAAGCAGCAGCUCAACACAACACAUGACAACAGAAGCUGAUGGAGACCACUGUGGAGGAUCACAAGCAGACAAGAUCUUAGCUCCACUAUCAGAUAGUGAGGACACAACGUCACACUCUCCUGACACUGAUGAUGAACACUCUAAAGAUGAUGCAACAUGUCACACUGACAACACUCACUUCACAUGUUCUCUCUGUCACAAAACCUUUAAACACAAUCGUCAUCUGGUAAGACACAUGAGUACACACACUGGAGAGAAACCUUUUUCCUGCUCAGAAUGUGGUAGAGAUUUUAGACUAAAACACAUGCUGAAAGAACACAUGAUAAUACAUACUGGAGAAAAACUUUUUUCAUGUUCAAUCUGCAGUAAAGAUUUUUCUCAGAAGCACAAUUUGAAAACACACGUGAGAGUACACACUGGAGAAAAACCUUUUUCAUGUUCAAUCUGCAGUAAAGAUUUUACUCAAAGGCAACAUUUGAAAACACACAUGAGUACACACACUGGAGAAAAACCUUUUUCAUGUUCAAUCUGCCAUAAAGAUUUUAAUCAAAGACAACAUUUGAAAACACACAUGAGUACACACACAGGAGAAAAACCCUUUACAUGUUCAAUCUGCAGUAAAGAGUUUACUCAAAAGCAGUAUUUGAAAACACACAUGAGAAUACACACUGGAGAAAAACCCUUUUCCUGCUCAGAAUGUGGAAAAAGUUUUGUAACAAAUACAAAUUUUAAAUUACACAUGAGAAGACACACUGGAGGAAAACCUAUUGAUGUUCAAUCUGCAGUAAAGAUUUUGCUCUAAGGCAGUAUUUGUAAACACACAUGAGAAUACACACUGGAGAAAAACCCUUUCCUGCUCAGAAUGUAGAAAAAGUUUUGUAACAAAUACAAAUGUAUAAUAAUAAUAACAAUAAUAUAUUUUAUUUGUAAAAUGCACUUUACAUUAAGUAAACAACCUCAAAGUGCUACAGUGUUUAAAAAAA